AUUGAACCCCUUCCGCUCUUUCCCUAACUUCGUCCGGACCACAGAAGGAAGCGCCGCCGCUUCUGCCUCUUCCCCAUCGGCCGAUAGGCGCAAGCGCCCCAGCGCCGCCGUCCGACCGCCGGCGCUGGUGAGGGCGUCCUUCAUCCCUCGGUCUGAAUCCUCUGUUGUUAUUCCUCCUUGUCCACCAGCUCGGGCCCUCGGGGUCUCUCCCCCAUUACCCCCCAAAACCGACCGCGAAAAGCCGAAACCCUCGCCUCACCACCACCGCAGCAAUGGCCGGAGAAGACGCCGCGCUGCAGAAUCCGCCCAAGAAGGAGAAGUACGACGAAGACGAUGAAGACGACGUGCCGCUGGCGUUUUCUCGAGGCAAGAAGAAAGCGAGCGCGGCGAGCGCCGCCAAGGUCAAGAAGGAGGAGGAAGAGGAGGACGACGAGGAUAACAUUCCGCUCGCGCGUUCUCGGGCCAAAAAAACGAGCAAUGGGGGUGCAAAGGAGAAAAAGGAGGAGUACGAGGAGGAAGAGGAGGAGUACGAGGAGGAGGAGGAAGACGACGACGACGACGAGGAUUUUGCAGAUGAGUACACUCCGGUUUCGCGGGGAAAGAAGGGAAAUGAGAAGGAGAAAAGCACUUCCAAUAGCAAGGUGAAGGCUUCUAAAGUAAAGAAAGAAGAAACCGGUUCUGAUGAUGAAUGCAAGCCAAAAUCUCAGAAGAGAAGUCCAGCUGCGGGCAAACCCAAGAUUUCCAAGAUUAAGAAACCAAAAGAUGAAUAUGAUGAUACAAAGGAGGAAAAGAAAAUAAAGAAGGAAGUUGGUAUCAAGAAAGAUGAAAAGAAGGCUGCUGGGGUGAAGAAGGAGGGGGCUGCUGGGGUGAAGAAGGAGAGGAAGGUGUAUGAAUUGCCAGGGCAGAAACAUGAUCCUCCUCCUGAAAGGGAUCCAUUGAGGAUAUUUUAUGAAUCGCUCUAUGAGCAGGUGCCCGAUAGUGAAAUGGCUGCAUUUUGGUUGAUGGAAUGGGGUUUGCUACCGCUGGAUGUGGCUACAGAGGUCUUUGCGAAGAAACAGGGUCAGAAACAGGUUCUGAAACUGAGGUCACCGGUCAAAGCGCCUUCUACACAGAGAAGGGCAAGUUCUCCAACCAAGAAGGUACUGCUGUUAGGCGAUAAGAAAACCAACUCAGGUACAAAGGGAAAAACCACAGCACAAAAGAAGAGGGCAUCUAGCGACACAGAUGACGACGAGGACGACGACUUUGUCAAAACCAACUCAGCCACAAAGGGAAAAACCACAGCACAAAAGAGAAAGAAGGCAUCUAGCGACACAGAUGACGACGACGACGAUGACUUUGUCAUGCCUAAGAAGCCCAAGAAGCAAAAGAUUUCUAGCUGAGUAUCUGAUCCUUAAACAAGGCAUGUGUCCUUUGUGUUACCAUUGACGUUAUGCUAGAUCCGUAUAACCUUAGGAAGCGACGAGACUUUUUCUUCUUCCGUGCACUGACGCUGUGAUGCGUAUGAACUUUCUGGAACAAAACCAUUGAGGUGUGAAGCGAUGCAAUGACUCCAUGUCUUCCAGUGCUUUCGUA